GCGGCGCCUCGGCGCCUGCGCGCGGUUUCGGUUCGUGCGGCGGCGUGCGGAGCGCUCGGAGCGGCCUGCGCGGCUUGGCGGCGCCAUGGCUCCCGUGCUGAACCUCAACAACGAGGUUGUGAAGAUGAGAAAAGAUGUGAAGAAGGCCAGAGUCCUCACUAUUCGCAGACUAACCAGACACAUCGGGAAAUUAAAAUCGAAAAAGGGUUCAGAAGAUGUGAAAUUAAAGAACCAAAAACGAGUUGAGAGAUUAAUAGAAGAAAUCCAUGCCAUGAAGGAAAUAAAACCAGAUGAAGUUACCAGACUUGCUCUUAGGACAGAAGUUAAUUUUGAAAGUGUCUGCAAAAAGCCAAACUGUACUGCAGCUGAGCGAGCCAUGGCAAGACUUGCAACACACCCCACCCUGAAGCCCAGAUUUGUUGAGCUUAAAGCUGCUGUUAAAGCUUUUAAGGAUGCAAGAAAGAACCCAGACAAAGCCAUUCCUAUGAAAAAGGAUCAGUCAGAAGAACAGCCUAAAUCAGCACAACAUUCCAAUAACAACUUGGAUGACCAAGCUUGUAAGCGGCCUCAAAAACAGCAAGGAUGUGAACACAAAACAAAACCAGGCAUGAAAGUAGAAAAUGACAAAGAGGUUGAAGAGCUCUGUGAGAGUGAAUCUGAGCAGAAAACUGUGGAAAUGGAGAGAGUAAGUGCUCCAGAGGAACCUCAAUUUGAGGCAGUAAAAGUGCAAACAGUUGCUCAAAACAAAACAGGAAAGAAACUUGACUAUCAAAAAAGGAAAGAAAAUAUGAGUGUGAACAAAUUAAAUGCAAUAAAAGAAAUAAUUAAUGAUAGUGCCCAAGAGCAUCCCAAUGAAAAGGAAUAUUUUGAUGAUAGUACUGAGGAGAGGUUUUAUAAUGAGUCAUCAGAUUCUGACAGUGACAGCAAUGAUGAUUUCUUCAUUGGAAAAGUAAAAAAGAAGAAAAAAGUAGCAGCAGUUAAUAAUUUUUCUUCAACAAAAGAAAAGGGUAGUGUUCAGAAAAAUGUAAUGAAAACAGAAAAGAGCACAGUGUCUAGGGCAGCACAGGAUUUGAUCAUGGAAGAGAGAAAGCCACAUGCAAAAGCAAGCAAGCUGGAGUCAGUGUUCUGCAGUUCUUUGUCUACCACCAAUCAGAAAUCUCAGAACAGAAGAAAUACUAAAGACCAGCCUCUCAAAAAGGAAAGAACAGGUUUUCUUAAAAAUGAAACAAUGCUCAAGAAGAAGAAACCAUUUGCAAAAGCUUCAGGGGAUGUUAAAUGCCACAAUAAGAAAGCACCUUUGGAGCAGCCUCUCCACCCUUCAUGGGAAGCAAGCAGGCGACGCAGAGAGCAAGCGUCUCAAAUUACAGCAUUCCAGGGGAAAAAGAUUAAAUUUGAUGACUAGAGUAUAUGUAAAUGGAGGUUCUAAAAAAACUAUUUUGCAACUGCUGUUUGAACAUCUUUGUUAUACUGUCCAUAUCCUUUGCAACCUACAAAAUUGCAACUAUUAUUUACCAUCAUAGAAUAUCAAGAUUGUUUCAUCCAUUGUUUGUGCUGUCUGUUGAUUAAUGUAAUGGCCAUUUGGUGCUGGUUCCUAAGUCCCAUUAUGUAGUGCCACCAUUCAUGAAAUAUACCCUAAUAUGAAUAAAGGGUUUUUAGGAACAUAAUUUGUGCCCUGUAGGAAUAGGACAGAUUCUUUGCGGGGCGGGGGGGGGGUUGGAAGGGGUUUUUUUGUCUGUAAAAAAAUGUACUUUUUAUGAGACUUUGGUUGUCAAAAGAAAGGUUCUAUAUUGUCGCAUCUCAGCUGAAACAAAGUAAAAGAUUCUUAAACUUGAAGAGACUUCAUAAAUUCAUGAGUGUAUUGGGUAGCUGGAAAAGUCAAUCCGUUUUAAGCGUAAUAUGAAAAUUUCUGGAGAGAAUAAAAUAUUGUGCUUUUAAA